AUGAGCUUGGGUGUGCAUCAGAUCGUUCAGGCAAUCAACCUGUUUGUGUUGGGCUUGACCUUGGUCGAGACGCAUUGCCCCUCUGUGUCCAUGGCUGUCACCUUUACGCUGCAAGCAGUUGCAUUUGCACUCUGCUUCAUGGAUAUCACCGGUCCGAAGCUGUGGCAGUGGGCUGUGGUUUUCAUCAUCUCGAGCGGGUGCUCUGUCUGUACACUCAUCUCCCUGAUUUUUGCAAAGCUGACGGCGGAACACGUGCCCGAUAUCACGAAGCCUGUUCCGCUGGCCCCAAUCGCCUUCUGGUUUCAGGUGUUGUACUUCCAGCUGAUCCUGGAGCUCGCCAGGCCGACAGACGAGAUCAUGUCGUUGCCAAGGAGAUUCCGGGCUGUGUUGUUCCUGGAUGUCUUCGGAGACGCCAGUUAUGAUCCCACAGAUGCUGAGUAUGCCGCACCACCGGAGCCAGGGAGGCCUGGACAGAGGAGGCGCACAGCCCAGGAGAGGGCAUUCGCCGCUUGCGAUAACGAUGCGACCAUGGCACAGGCGGCACUGCGGCGUUGGGAGGCCCUUCCGCAGCCACACUUGAGUGAGGAGGACCGGGCGGCGCUUGAGCAGUACCGAAAAGAGUACACCCUGUCGCGAAAGGCGAUGAUGGCACACCUUGUUGAGCUGAAUCGAGAACGGGGGGUGCCAUUCUCUGCAGAGGAACGGGAUCGGCUGGAGCUGAAGGCUUGGCACGAACUCAACGACCGCGAGAAGGCCGAGGAUGUCUUCGCUGAGUACGUGAUUGGUCCAUUGCAGCUUUCCUCUGGCAAGGCGCAGAUCUACUACUACGACCUCGAGACAGACGAGUGUAUCUAUGAUCGGCUGGGGCGGCGUCCGCUGCUAACGUUGGACCACGUGAAUGGACACGUCAGCAGCUUUGUCCAGGCAGUCCGCAGACUGUUCUCAGAUGCACAGCUAGCUGAGGAAUCAGAAGACGGUGAGUCUUCGUACACACGCGGUGCGAGUCCAGGCCGCAGCGCAGAUGGCCUGGAGCCGCAGGGCGGCCGUGGCCGAUCCUUGCAGAAGAGGAUGGCACGAUCGAUGACAAAACUGAUCGGCAAGACUCGUUUACCAGACCAGGUGGACAACCUGCCCUGGAAGGCUCUCCAGCGAUUAACUCAGGUUCUGCAAUGCUGUUGGAUCUUCCUUGGCAUCGCGGAGUGCUGCAGCAACUGGUUCCCCGAGACGUUUGGAGCUGACGUCUUCCGCAAGAGUUGGGACGGGGAGACCAGCGAAAUCAAGGGUGACUGGCACGGAG